AUGGAAGCUUUGUGGAAUUUAGAGGACAAACUGAAGCUUUCAACUCAAGAAGCAGUUAUCCUAUUUGUGUGCACUGCUUUUGCUCUCAUCGCUCUCUGCACCGCAACAAUACUAAAGAAGAAGGCUAAAAGAAAGCAACUUCCUAGGCAUGACAUGGUCACAAUAAAUGACUCCAAUAUGAUAGAGAAAUGGCCUGUGGAGCCAAGUUGUGGUAAUUGGGUUUCGAUCAAGAGGCUGUUAAUGGGGUCUAUGCGGUGGAGUAGAGCAAACAAGUGGGGUGAAUUAGAAACGUGUAAUAUUGGAAGUUGGAGAGAGGGUCUAACACCACUUCUUGGGUUGAGAAGGUGUGAAUUUGAUGUGGGUUGGCAAAGCCAUAACACUUUGUCACCACUCUGGCAAAGGCCAAUACUUAUGGGAGAGAAGUGUGAGCUUCCUAGGUUUAGUGGGCUUAUUCUUUAUGAUGAACAAGGCCAGCUACUUAGCGAGUCCCAAUCAUGCAAGGAAAACACUCAUCAACAGGUACUAAAACCUGCUGCUGCGGAGAGAACUACGCUGAGAGACUUGCUGUAAUUUCUUUUUCUAACUUUUAAAUAGUUGUAA